AUGUCUUCCAUCGACAAGAACGACAUCGCCCAUCUCGAAGUCACCUCUGUCGAUUCCAAGACUAGAGAAGAGGCUCGUCAGGCCACUGACCUGUCUACCAAGGCCCAGUAUGCACAACUCGGCGCUGCCAUCAAGAAGGACAAGCGCUUCGUCUGGUGGACUUUGUACGUUAUGCUCUUGGUCUUUGGCUGGGGAUACGAUGCUGGUCUUUCUGGUGUCGCCAUUGCCUUCCCCGAAUUCAGAAAGCACUAUGGACAUUAUUACACUCAAGGAGAUCAAUUUGUCAUACCUGCUCUCUGGCAAUCCCUUUGGAACGCAGCCUCUACUAUCGGUCAGGUCUUCGGUGGCUACGCUGCUGGCCAGUUUGCCGAUGUCACUGGCCGCAAGCCUCUACUUUAUACUGCCGUCUUCCUGUCUUUGGCUGCUUCAUUUGCUUUGGUCUUCGCACCAAACCUCCCAGUCCUCUUCAUCUCCAAGCUUCUUCUCGGUCUUGCCGUUGGUCUUUCCACCGCCACUCCUCCGCUCUACGUGACGGAGAAUGCCCCCGCAAAUCUCCGCAGCACAGCUUCAUCCCUGACCAACGUCAUCAUUGUGUUCGGAUUUUUCGCCUCUUCCAUGACUGGAUUUGGUGCUUCCAAGAUCAAUGGACCUUGGUCAUACAAGCUCGCCUUCAUCAUGACAUUCGCCAUCCCUACUGUCUUCCUUGUCGUCCUCCCCUUCUUCCCCGAGAGCCCUGUCUGGUACAUGAAGAAGGGCCGUGAAGCCGAUGCUCGCAAGGCUAUCAUGAGACUGUUUGGUGCUGAUACCAAUGUUGACGAGCGUAUCGAGAUCAUCAGGACCGAGCUCCAACAGGCUGAGGCUGAGGGUAACGGCAAAGACCAAACCAGCUGGAGGGCCAUCUUUUCCAAGGAGAACCGUACCAGAACCUUUGUUUCUGUCCUUGGGCUGCAAGUACAGAACUUCAGCGGAGGUUAUUUUGCCAAUGUAAAUCCCCUGGAUUCCAUGAUUAAACAUAAGAAAAAUGCUAAUUUGACCCUAGNNACCUACCAAACUUACUAUUUCGAGCUUAUUGGACAAAGCGAUCCUUUUGGCUUGACAGCAAUCUCCUCCACCCUCCAGCUCAUCGCAAACUUCGUCGCCGUCCUCGUCUCUGACAUUGUUCCUCGCCGCAAGGGUCUCGUCGGUGGUGGCACGGUACUCAUGUUCUGGUCUGUCAUCAUCGGUGGAACUUCAGUUGCAGGAACUACCAAUGUCGCUGCCAACACAGCUCUUUUGGUCUUCAUGAUCACCUGGUCUAUGCUCUACACCGGCACUGUCGGCUGCUACGGCUGGGCCGUGGCCCAAGAAACUGCUUCGCAAGCAACCAGACCCAAGACCAUUUCUUUUACCCUUGUCUGUCAGCAGCUUACAGCACUCAUGCUCUCUUCCGUCUUCCCUUACUUCAUCAACCCCGAUCAGCUCAACUGGGGUGGCAGAGUCAUGUUCCUGUUCGUUGGCGCAGAACUGUUCAUCAUCACUGCUCUUUGGUUCUUCCAACCGGAGACCAAGAACAGAACCAACGCCGACAUUGAGAUGUUGUACGCUGCUGGUAUCCCUCCUCGCCAAUUCAAGAACUUUGCUGUUGUCAACGGUCAGGUUGUUGAAAAGGCACAUAAGGAUGGGUUCAUGAGCCGCUUCUCCCGCAAGGCAUAA